UCCCCUACAAUUUUUCCCUAGAUAAGACAGCUGAGCAAAAUAAUACAGUGGCUUAGUCGGCGAAAUGGCCACCUUAUUGAGGAAUUUAGGUCGCUCUACAGUGAAUAAACUGAUUGCAUGGGACUUCAAGGCCACAUUAAAACCUGCUAUACCAACAAUACUUGCCGGAAGCCGGAAUGCAGCGUCAUGGUAUCCAGAUGAAAAGUAUUUCAAGUACUAUGAUGUGCCUUUCCUUUGGCCUGAGAAUGAGGAGCUGACAGAAGAAAUGAAGAAAAUGACUUCAUACAAUGGGAUUUUGGUGCCUGAAGAGAAGGAAGUCCAGAAUAUGAUGCUGAACUUUGGCCCUCAGCACCCUGCAGCUCAUGGAGUGCUGCGUCUGGUCAUGGAGCUUGAUGGAGAGACAGUGCUACGCAAUGACCCACACAUUGGGCUGCUGCACCGUGGGACUGAGAAGCUCAUUGAGUACAAAACAUAUUUGCAAGCACUGCCAUAUUUUGACCGUCUUGACUAUGUCUCUAUGAUGUGCAAUGAGCAAGCCUAUUGCUUAGCGGUCGAGAAACUCCUGGGCAUAGAGGCUCCUCUCCGGGCUAAAUAUAUCAGGACCAUGUUUGGGGAGAUCACACGUAUCCUGAACCACUGCAUGUUCCUGGGUGCUCACGCCCUUGACGUGGGGGCGAUCACGCCCUUCCUCUACGUCUUCGAGGAGCGUGAGAAGCUCAUGGAGUUCUACGAACGCGUGUCAGGCGCCCGCCUGCACGCUGCUUACGUCAGGCCUGGCGGUGUGGCUCUGGACUUACCGAUUGGUAUCAUGGACGACCUUUACGACUUCAUCUCUAAAUUCGGCGAACGUCUGGACGAGUGCGAAGACCUGCUCACCUCCAACAGAAUUUGGGUGCAGCGAACCAAGGACGUCGGCAUCGUGUCCGCUGAAGACGCGCUCAACUAUGGCUUCAGUGGCGUGAUGCUGCGCGGCUCAGGCAUCAAGUGGGACAUCAGGAAGGCCGCUCCUUACGACGCUUAUGGCCUCGUCGAGUUCGACGUUCCGAUUGGCAAGAAUGGCGACACUUACGACAGAUACCUCAUCCGGCUGGAGGAGAUGCGGCAGUCGCUAAACAUCAUAGAACAAUGCCUGAACAACAUGCCGCCUGGUGAAGUGCGGACAGACGAUGCGAAGAUCGUGCCUCCUAAACGUGCCGAGAUGAAGUCGUCGAUGGAGGCGCUGAUUCACCACUUCAAGCUGUUCACGCAAGGCUUCCAGGUGCCGCCCGGCGCUACCUACACCGCUGUUGAGGCGCCCAAGGGCGAGUUCGGCGUGUACCUCGUCUCGGACGGCUCCUCCAAGCCUUACAGGUGCAAGAUCAAGGCGCCAGGCUUCGCCCACCUGGCUGGGCUGGACAUGGUCGCCAAGAACCACAUGCUCGCUGACGUCGUCGCCAUCAUCGGCACGCUCGACAUCGUCUUCGGCGAAGUCGAUCGUUAAAAUUUACAACCAUCAAUUAUAUCAAUUCUGUACGUCAGACGCCUCUACUUGACACAAGAUUAAAUGCGAAUGUUAAUGGUUUCGCCUAUUUCUCAUAAAGAUAUUUUUUAUUUAUUUCCGGUGUUCUGGAAAAAGUGAUGCUAAAGUUAGAACGCAUCAUUGAAUCGGAAGUGAAACUAUUUGGAUUUUUGUGUGAGUUCAGAAAUCUGACUGCAUCGACAAUUUUAUUUACCAUGAAUUAAAGGAAGACUAAGCCUUCAAAGUUUCAUAGCACCUCUGAUGUGGAAUUAGUGUCGGCCUCUGCUACCUGGAAAUGGCAUUCAAGUUUUUUCGUGACUCCCGUAAAUCACGUUCAGUAGAAGAAAAUAUCAAAGCCAAGAUCCGCGUAUUUUAUGAGAUCGUUGAAAAUCUGGGUUCAGGUUGAUUAAUUUGUCUGCAAGACAAUUUACUUUUGAUGUUAUGUCCCCUGUAUUGAAAUUCAUUGAAGCCAUCCUGUUAACUCUUGUAAAUAUUCUGUACGUUGAAGAAGAUUCUUUAAUAUAAGGAAUAAUAUA